AUGGCGGCAGGGAUGAGGACGGAGGGCGACAAGGAUGACAAGAAGGCUCGAGGUGAUCGGAGUGAUGCCAUGGCUGGCUUUAUCUUUAUCCUCGGCUUUCUGGACGUGUUGUUGGCUGGGAUGAUGGUGCCGCUCAUGCCGGGGAUCGUGCGGUCGUUUGGCGGUGGUGUUGCCACACUUGGGCUUUUGCACACGCUGCAAGGAGCGUCAAAGCUGUCCAGUGCCUUUGUGUUUGGAUGGGUCAUCGACAAGUUUGGGUUUCGAGCAGCCAUGCUUGUCUCGCUGGCCGGGUGUGCGCUCGCAUACCUUCCAAUAGCGUUUGCCUCUUCGCUCGGCUACGUCACCCUCGGCAAGCUGCUGCUCGGCUGCUUUCGCCAGACAACAUUUGUGUGCGAGGCAAUCGUGGCCAGAACCAAGGAGGUAACAGCUCGUGUACGUCAUGCGUGUAUUCGUGGUGAGCAAAACGUCAUUCCUUUGCAUGUAUGA